AUGGAGGACAGUGCUGGGAAAAACGGUAACGCGACUGAUGGAGAUCAACGCGAUAUUUGGCGUGUUGGAGUGAGAAUACCGCCAUUUUACCCUGAAGAUCCGGAAUUGUGGUUUAAUCAAAUAGAAGCCCAGUUUGUAUUGUCGAAUAUAAGCAGUGACACGACGAAAUUGUAUUAUGCCGUUACACAACUGGAACCUACGUACGUUGCGCACGUUAAGGAUGUUUUAAGGGCACCUCCUGCGACCGGUAAAUUUGAAAAACUCAAAAGUGAGCUUGUCAAGCGGCUUAGUGCGUCGAAAGAGAAGAAGCUACAGCAGCUGUUCCUGAACGAGGAUAUUGGUGACCGUAAGCCAUCACACUUUUUAAGACAUUUAAGGAACCUAGCCGGCCCAACAGUGUCGGAUGACGUUUUAAAGACCUUAUGGACCGGACGCUUGCCACAUAAUUUGCAAACUGUCGUUGCGUCGCAGCCUAAGCUAUCAUUAGAUGAUCUAGCCGAGUUAGCAGACCGCGUGCAUGAAAUAGCUCCAGCAAUGCCGCAUCACCAAGUAGCUAUGGCCUCAACUUCGGUACAACCAGCAUCAUUCUCACGCAUUGACGGUUUACAGCAGGAAAUAUGUGCUUUAACUAGAGAAGUCGCUAAACUAACAUCUUAUGUCUACAGGCAGUCAAGGGCGCGUUCCAGAUCUAGGUCGCAGGAAAACCAUAAUCGCAAGCGUAGUCACUCGCGUAGUCGGCAGCCACCGCCUGACCACCCUCAUUGCUGGUAUCAUUAUAACUUUGGUGCGAGAGCCAAGAAGUGUGCAGAGCCAUGUGAGUUUAGAGCGGGAAACGACGGGGGCAGCCGGAAGUAG